CUGCGCCCCCGGCCCGGAGUGGGUGGUGGGGGUGGGGUGGACCCUGAGGACUGGGUGCCCUGCCGGCCACACGACCUCCUUGGGUCUCGGGGCCUCGGUUAGGGCCUGGUGCUCCUGGCCUGGAAGAGACUGGGCCACUCUGUCCUCGGCCACCCCCAGCCCCCCAGCCUCGCCCCAGCUCAGGCCCAGCGACCGGCCGGCUCAGAAGUUGGCAAAAGUUUUGGGGUUUCACUACCACCACUAGGUCCGCUUGCCCACCCGGGCAGGUACUGGAGGACAGAAGACGGAGACUGAGAGCACCGAGUGGCCUAUACAGCCAUGACAGACUGAGCCAGGAUCUGAUCGGAGGCAGCUGCCCUGGCUGGAGCCCCGAGUACAGUUUCAAACGGAAGUGCUGCGGGCGACGUCUGUCUGGGCUUUGCUGUCUGUCACCAUUAACACCACGUGAGAGCUGUGGCUUUUCUAGACGCCCUCUGUCAGAGGCUCUGCAGAUGCGGACGCUGAGGCCCAGAGAAGGGGAGCCACUCGCCUAGGGACACACAGCAAGAGAGGUGGAGCAAGGUCUCUAGGUCAAGACCCCGGACACCACAGCUGGUAUUUGUGCCAAGCCCCCAGGCUGCUGCCCAGACCCGCUGGGGUAGCCCUGCUGCCCCCCAGCCAGGACCAUGGGCAGCAACAAGAGCAAGCCCAAAGACGCCAGCCAGCGGCGCCGCAGCCUGGAACCUGCCGAGAACGUGCACGGGGCGGGGGGCGCCUUCCCGGCUUCGCAGACACCGAGCAAGCCUGCCUCCGCCGACGGCCACCGAGGGCCCAGCGCUGCCUUCGUAGCCACCGCGGCCGCUGAGCCCAAGCUUUUUGGAGGCUUCAACUCCUCGGACACCGUCACCUCCCCGCAGAGGGCGGGGCCUCUGGCAGGUGGGGUGACCACCUUUGUGGCCCUCUAUGACUAUGAGUCACGGACAGAGACUGACCUGUCCUUCAAGAAAGGAGAGCGGCUGCAGAUUGUCAACAACACGAGGAAGGUGGAUGUCAGAGAGGGGGACUGGUGGCUGGCACACUCGCUGAGCACGGGACAGACCGGUUACAUCCCCAGCAACUAUGUGGCACCCUCCGACUCCAUCCAGGCUGAGGAGUGGUACUUUGGCAAGAUCACCCGACGGGAGUCAGAGCGGUUACUGCUCAACGCCGAGAACCCGAGAGGGACCUUCCUUGUGAGGGAGAGUGAGACCACAAAAGGUGCCUACUGCCUCUCCGUAUCCGACUUCGACAAUGCCAAGGGCCUCAACGUGAAGCACUACAAGAUCCGCAAGCUGGACAGCGGUGGUUUCUACAUCACCUCCCGCACCCAGUUCAACAGCCUGCAGCAGCUGGUGGCUUACUACUCCAAACACGCUGAUGGCCUGUGCCACCGCCUCACUACUGUGUGCCCCACAUCCAAGCCUCAGACCCAGGGCCUGGCCAAGGAUGCCUGGGAGAUCCCCCGGGAGUCCCUGCGUCUGGAGGUCAAGUUGGGCCAGGGCUGCUUUGGAGAGGUGUGGAUGGGAACCUGGAACGGCACCACGAGGGUUGCCAUCAAAACCCUGAAGCCAGGCACCAUGUCUCCCGAGGCCUUCCUGCAGGAGGCCCAAGUCAUGAAGAAACUGAGGCACGAGAAACUGGUGCAGCUGUAUGCCGUGGUGUCGGAGGAACCUAUCUACAUUGUGACAGAAUACAUGAGCAAGGGGAGUCUGCUGGACUUUCUCAAGGGGGAAACGGGCAAAUACCUGCGGCUACCCCAGCUGGUGGACAUGGCUGCUCAGAUCGCCUCAGGUAUGGCCUACGUGGAGCGGAUGAACUAUGUGCACCGGGACCUCCGAGCCGCCAACAUCCUGGUCGGGGAGAAUCUGGUGUGUAAGGUGGCUGACUUUGGUCUGGCCCGGCUCAUAGAAGACAACGAAUACACAGCCCGGCAAGGUGCCAAAUUCCCCAUCAAGUGGACUGCUCCUGAAGCUGCUCUCUAUGGCAGAUUCACCAUCAAGUCAGAUGUGUGGUCCUUUGGGAUCCUGCUGACCGAGCUCACCACGAAGGGACGGGUGCCCUACCCUGGGAUGGUGAACCGUGAAGUGCUGGACCAGGUGGAGCGGGGCUACCGGAUGCCUUGUCCCCCCGAGUGCCCCGAGUCCCUGCAUGACCUCAUGUGCCAGUGCUGGCGGAAGGAGCCUGAGGAGCGGCCCACCUUCGAGUACCUACAGGCCUUCCUGGAGGACUACUUCACGUCCACCGAGCCUCAGUACCAGCCUGGGGAGAACCUAUAGGAACUGUGUGCACAGGACUGUCGCCCCUAGGCUUCUGGGUGUGGCAUCUGAUGCACCUGCCUCCCUUCACCCUCUCUCUGGGGCUGGGUUGCCUCAGGGACGGGGCAGCCUGGAAGGACAGGUUGAGGCUGGUACAGUGACUGCCCCACAGCCUGCCCUGGCCACAGGCCCACUCUGCAUUCUCUCUGGAGUCAGCCUACUUCUCGUAGAAGACACUGGGUGAAGAGCAGGGGCUGGGGGAGGGAGGGCAGUUUUCCAACCUCAGCCCACUCCACUCACCUGGCUCCUCCCCACGUUCUUCACCCUGGGUCUGUUUCAAGCUGGCCAAAGAGCCUUUCCAAAGAGGAAUGAGGCCCAGCCCUUGGCCUAGAUCUACUUCCUGCCCCUGGCCAUCCUUGUUGGAGGCUUCUGGGUGGAAUUUUGGGUCUGGAACCAUCUUCCAUGGCUCUCAGGCUAGACAGCCCAAGGCCCAACACACGUUGGGAUAAGAGUCUGAGUGAGCGCUCCUUCAGCCCUGUCCUCCACAUGGGACCCUUGGCGAUCACCAACACAUUGUCCUCAUUUCUCUGUUGGAAAAUGAAAUCCAGAGGGGCCGUGACUUGCCCAAGGCCAUGGGCAGUUCAGGGUUGAGGUGGGUUAGGACCUGGUGCUCCCUCUGUCUUCUCAGGAACCGAUGAAAACUGUCCUUA